UUUUUGUGUAGCUUCCUUCUUCCCCGUCUCUCUUCUCUCUAUCCCCAAAAGCAACGAGUUGCAGAUAUAUCCACACAUUAAUUUUCUCAGGCGACUCUAUUUUCAGCUCUUCUUCUCAACUCACAGUGGUGUUUCAUGGACAAUGAUGGUGGAAAUUCAUGAAGGAUUUGGAGUACUCCAUACACUGUAUUGAAGGAGCAAUAUUGAUGUAUAACCCUUAAACACCCUCUGGAUUUCAUUUGUUGUUUUCUUAGUACAAUUGUGUUGUUCAGUGAUAUGAAACUUUAUACAACCUACUCAACUUUAUUCAAAAAGAAAGGAGGAAAGACAUUGGAUCGAGCCAUGGUAGGUAGCCGCAAUGUGGGUAUUACACCUAUUGUGGUAGACUUCUUGUGAGUACCCGGCAUUGUUUCUCAGAUGAGCUGUCACCGUGAUUUAUCCCUGCACUAUCCUGUCGAGCCAGCGGCUGCAUAUACCUCUCCUUCAACCACUUACCCCAUGAGAUCCUCAAAGAAAGACUUCCUGGUGCUUCUCAAACUGCUAGUUUUGCUGGUAAUCCUGGUAUUGUUGUUACAAAGGUGCCAACACUUUGGUGUGUGUAUAUUCUUUGAAGUGAAGAUAUUCUCCACUUUAUCAACUCUUUCUCUGAAGUUGUGACUAUUAAAUGGAAUGAUCCCAAUGCUCUUGUUCCCAGCCUGAUAAGCAACCUGCACAUCAAUUCCUGGCACCAAUCGGCUCAGUCUAAAUUCUCUUCUUGACAUUAUUGUGUUUGGUCAGAUAUGUGACUGUUUCCCCUUAUUGCUAUAUAGAUGCAGCUUUCUAAAUUCUACUAUAUUGUGACUUCCAUUAUAAGCUGAUUAUGCAUUCUAUUUAGCAUCUCCUCACGUAUUCCUUUGUGUUGUCCACAGGCUGUCAACUGAUUGACAAAACACGAGACCUCCCGUGAUCUUAAGCUGAAUGAUCGAAAGUUUGACAUGGUCUCUGGGAAGCAAAAAAGAUUGGGUUUGGAUAAUACUCGAAAUGGCUUAUAUGUGCACUGACAGUGGAAAUCUAAUGGCGAUUGCCCAACAAGUGAUCCAGCAGAAGCAGCAGCAGCAGCAAGAGCAACAGCAACAGCAGCAGAAAGAGCAGCAGCAGUUGUUAGGCCUCAACUCAUUCUGCCUCAAUCCAUGGUCCGCCGCCGGAUUCAAUGGCGGUUUCGCCGCCCACGCUUUUGCCGAUCCGUUUCAGGUUCCCGCCGCCGUUGAGUCCGGGUUUCAGUUCCCCAGCUUGGAUAACCAGUUGGGGGCGUUUCGGUUCCCGGAUUUUGGGGGCGGAGGGGGUGAGUUUGACUCGGAUGAGUGGAUGGAGGGGUUGAUGGACGGUGGAGAUUCCACCGCGAGUUCAAAUCUUCAUUCGGGUUGCGACACCUGGCACAACAACUCGGAUUUCGCCGCUCUAUACUCUGCCGAUCCGUUUUCUGCUUGUCCGAGUCGACUCCGUAUCGCCUCGUCUUCUCCUUCAGCCCUCAAUUCCAUUAUUUUCACCGACAAUCAGAAGAAUCAGAAUCACGCGCCUCCACCGCCUCAGACCUUGCCGUGGUUCCCAACGCCUCCGCCGCCGUCCGCUAAGGACUCCAAGCAAACGGCGCAGAGAAACGACGUCGUUGCAGAAGGUAGUUCUCCGGAGAGUUUAUCUUCGAAGCCAUUACUGAAAGCCUUGGUAGACUUUGCUAGACUCGCCGAUUCGCAGCCAGAGAAUGCCGUGAAAUCACUGAUACGAAUCAGAGACUCCGUUUCCCAGCUCGGAGACCCGACGGAGCGAGUCGCGUACUAUUUCUCCGAAGCUCUUUACAAUCGCCUCUCAAACUCGCCGGAAAAGCGGCCGGCGAACUUCGAAGCAUGCUCAGAAGAGCUCACGCUGUCAUACAAAGCCCUCAACGACGCAUGUCCGUACUCCAAAUUCGCUCAUCUAACUGCAAAUCAAGCGAUUCUCGAAGCUACUGAGAAAGCCUCGAAGAUUCAUAUAAUCGAUUUCGGUAUUGUUCAGGGAAUCCAAUGGGCCGCUCUUUUACAGGCUUUGGCUACCAGGUCCGGCGGUAAACCUGAGAGCAUCCGGAUCUCCGGCAUUCCCUCGCCGGUGCUCGGAAACUCCCCGGCGGCGUCACUGUUGGCAACCGGUAACCGCUUGCGCGAUUUCGCGAAAGUUCUGGAUCUGAAUUUCGAGUUUGAACCGGUAUUGGCUCCAAUCCACUCCCUAAACGGGUCCAGUUUCCGGGUCGACCCGGGUGAAAUUCUAGCCGUUAACUUCAUGCUCCAGCUGUACAAUUUGCUGGACGAGACAACGGCUACCGUUGGAACCGCACUCAAGCUAGCCAACUCACUAAACCCUAGCAUUGUAACUCUGGGAGAAUACGAAAUGAGCCUGAACCGGGUCGGGUUUAUGAAGAGAUUCGAAAACGCCCUCAAAUACUACUCCGCCAUAUUCGAGUCUCUGGAUCCGAACAUGACCCGAGAUUCGCCAGAGAGGGUGAAGGUCGAAAGCCUGUUACUUGGCCGGAGAAUCGCGGAAUUGGUGAGGCCUGAGGAACAGGGGGCCAAAACAGAGUGUGUGGAAGACAAAGAUCACUGGAGAAUUCUGAUGGAAAGUUCUGGGUUUAAGGCUGUAGCCAUCAGCCAUUACGCCCAUAGUCAAGCAAAAAUUCUUCUAUGGAACUAUAACUACAGUUCUUCAUACAGUCUGAUUGAUUCUCCCCCAGGUUUCCUCUCCUUAGCUUGGAAUGAUGAGCCUCUCCUCACUGUUUCCUCGUGGCAUUGAUUGAAUUUUAAUAUCUCGAAUUUGGCAGACCUCCACUCCCUGGCAUUUUUACUAUGUGGUGUGGAUUAAGCCAGACUCGAAUUAUGUAUACAGCUAAGUUUAAUUGGCUCUUUUCAAGCUUGAUUAUCAGUUAGGAAGCUUGUUCUUUUAAAUCUUCAAGUUCAGAUUAAGCAAUAUGAUAAACAAAUUAGGGAAGAUUGAGCAAUGUGAUAAUUUUUGAAGCUCUCUUUUGAGUUCUUACAACCAACCCAAGAUAUGAAUUUGACAGUUUACCAAAGUCCUGUGUUAAUAUGUGUGAGGUUUCUUUAUUUUGGUUUUUAGGUAUGUGAGUAGUAGGUUUUCUUUUUGGCACUUUUUCUUGUGGGCAGGUUUGUUGUUGGGAGGAGUUGAAAAAAAUAGAUGGAAAUGGGAGAGAACCAACUGUGAUUAAGCAAGUGGGUAACUGUGAUUUGUCAUGGAUAAUGACAAUUGUGGAUUUCAACUU